UUUAUUCGAUAUUAGCAUACAAUAUAAAAAGUUCUUCUCAAUAAGUAAUGUAAAUGAUACACUAUAAGACAAGGAUAAGUUACUGUUGUCAAAAACUCGAUUAUCUCUUUAUGACUGACCCUCGAUUCAACCAAUCAUAUUUAAGUUAGCUAUGAUUGGUUGAUUUGUUUAGUCUGUAUUAGUAGUGAAAAUGUUAACGCAUUUUGAUCCAAGAUGUUUUGGUGUUAAUUACGAUGGUGAAUACUUAAGCGUACAAACUAUAAGGAAAGUGGGAACAAAAUAAAAACAUUUGUUUUUUAUGUUUAGAAACUUGAAAUUCCAUAUGAUUGAUUCAGAUAGUGUAGAAUUAUUCAAUUCAUUAUCACCAACCAAAAGUAGAUCAACUGAAAAGAAUAAAUUUAGCACAUUUGGAAAAGAUCUCAAUUCAAUAGAUCAGCUGAUUACAAGCAGUAACGCUAGUAGUGGAUACUGGGAAGACUGUGAUUCACUUGUUACAAGUGAAUAUGAUGUUUUUGGAUUGAAUUGGACAACUUGUCAUCAAAACGAUAGAACAAAAUGCAACAAACUGAAACACCGACCAUUACCAGAUGCAAGUAAUCAUUCAUCACUAGUUAGAACUCGAAGUUUUCAUGUAAAACCAAAGGAUAACAUCAAUAACAAUUCAUAUGAACAGCAUACUAGAGAUCAUCAUUCAGUUUCAAUUCUCAGUCCUUACUAUAAAGAUGAACAACUUGUAAAAAACCCUCAAAAUAAAGCAGCUAAUAAUAUCCAGCAAUCAUCAUUAGAAGAUAAUAAUCAUCUAUAUAUAGCAAAUGAUUCACCGGGUGGAUUUGACUUGAUUGAAUCAGAUUUUCUAUUUUGUCAAAAAAGUUGUUCAUCUGUACAUAAUAUUCAGUCAUGUCAACCUAUUUCCUCUAAAGUUCAGAAUGCUAAAGAAAAAACUUUUAAAUACCUAAACGAAUGGGAUGAUAGUGGAGAUGAAGAUAUUGUAAAAGGAACAGAACCAAAAACUAAAUUUGAGGCUGCGCUAAGGAGAGCUGAAGAAGAAAAUAAAAAACGAAUGGAACUGAUAACUUCCAAAGACUUUCCAACAUCAGAUAAAAAGAUGCCAGAAUGGGGUUCACCUAUUCAAAUUAGGAAGAAAGCUGAUCAAAGUAAAUUUAUGGAAUGUUCUCUUUCAUUAGAUAUUUCGGUGAGCAACACUAGUUCUCCGAAAAUAAGUAAACCUUCUGAUCUUUGUCGGGAAGUUGAAGAAUGGUUGGAAUCAAGACCAUCAUGGAUUGAUCAAAAACAUCAGAAAAAUAAUCCAGCAUUACAAAUUUGCUUCCUAAAUAUAUCUGAACAAAAUUUGUUCUCUUCAAUGGAAGCAAUAGUUGCUGAGCCUUAUUUGGAUAAUAUUGAUUAUAGAACUGAACAAAAUAAUAUAGAAACUAAUUUAUUUUCAAAUGUGAAUUGUAUUAAAACAAAUGAUAUUAUUCAAACAUCUAGUUCAUUUGAUGAAAAUGAAAUUAAUUUAAAUAAUAUUGAAGAUCAUAAUGAUAAUUCACAGAAUUUAACAUUGAAUGGUAAUUCAUUUUAUAUAAAUCAUAAAAAUCAAAGGAAUUCAUCGGUAUCUGGAAGAUCAUCUUUAUUAUUAGCUUUUGAAUCUUCGGUUAAUUUAAUUGAUUUAUUGAAUGAGAUCAAUAUGUAUUAUGAACGAUUAUUAGAUCAAUGUAUACAAGAUUGUUUUGAUGCACGAUCUAUCGUUUAUUUACAAGAAUUAAUAAAGAAUCAUAAACGAUUUCAAACAGAAACACAAAUUGCUAUUAUUCAGGUUCCAAAAAUAUCUGCGAUGCAAGCAGAAGUUGAACGUACAAAGAUUUCAUCGAUAACUCCAAACAUAGCAACAUUGCUUCGAGUUGACGUCAGAAAGUUUCAUAUAUCCAAAGAAGAAUUAAUUCAAUUCUCUAUUCCUCAAUUGAAAGUUAUUAUGAAUGAUUUGCAUUCUAGAAUUGAAAGUUUGAACAAUUCUCUAAUGUUAUCAUUAGUUGAAAGAGAUGAGUUACACUUAGAACAAGGCGGUAAAUUAAUUGCUUUAGAAGAUAUCAAGUCCUGGAUUAAAGAACUCAAUAUUCGUUCAUCAAUUCCUCAAGUUAGGCGACAAUUAUUUCUUAAUUUUUCAAGUAAUUUAUCAAAUAACACAUACAGUAAUGAUGUUUUUCUUAAACCUCAAACCAAACAUAACACUUUAUCAAAAAAACCACAAUGGAUGACAUCCUUAUUUGGUCGAGCAUCACAGCGACAUACUCUUUCAUUAUAAGAUUAUAUAUUAAUUUUUUUUUCUUUUUGUAUAUCUCAGAUUUCAUAUAUUUCCCUAUUUGAAGAAUUAUGAUCUUCAAAAAUAUGUCUUGUUCAUUCCCAAAUCCUUCUUCUAUUUGACUUGUCUUAUUCCCAUCCUAAAUUGAUCUAUACUUGUGCAGCUAAUCAUUUUUUCUUUAAAUAUUUAACAAAGUAAUUGUUAAAUGACAGGAUCUAAAAUAACCUAUUAAAAGAAUAAACAACAACAACAAAAUCAGAUUUUUAAAAAAAUCAAAAUUGUCGAUCAGAAACUUUCUUUUUAUUAUGUCAUCAUCAUAAUGCUUAUUUCUAUACUAAGAUGUAUGAUGAUUUGUCUGUUACUUUUUUCUACAAUAUAUGAAACUCAUUUUUGAAGCUAAUAUUAAUAAUAAAUAAAAAAGUUUGUUGGUAUGUUA